AUGGCCUUUCCCUUGCUGGAGCCUUCGGGAGCUCUGCGUUCCUUGGAGGGCAGCGACUCCUGGACCGAGGUGGAGAAGCUUCCGAGGCCGCUGGACGUUCCGGUGCCAGCUUUUCGACCUCGAGGAGCGGGACGUGUUGCAGCUGCUAGAGCUCGACGGGAAGCGGGUUCUCAAGUGGACAUGGAGGAGCUCAUGGAGUCAGGGGGAUCAUCGGGAGCUGAACGACGCGGAAGCUUGGAACCCGGUAGUAGCCUGGCGGCAGGGCAGCCAGCUGGAGAAUGUCCUGCAUGCGGAGCCUCUGAAGCUACGGCGCAAGACAUAAUAGCGCCAGCAACAUCGCUGCAUGCCGCAGCAGUGUUGGAGAUGAGCCCAGUCCGAGAAGAAAAGGACUCUUCGGCGGAAGAUCCGUGGCAGCAUUCGGGUCCGUGGUUGGAAGCGAGCAGACACCGACGUGGCGUUGAACGGGAUCGGCAGUCUUGGUGGAGUUCCUCCGACGAUGAUGCCAAGUACUGGGAGAAUUGGUGGACUUGGCCAACGGUGGAGAACUAUGUGGUGCAGAAUUACCCGGCCGAGAACUAUGAGGACCAAUCCAGUGAGCGGCACUCAGUUCAGAGCGAUUGGAAGCAGUGGAAUGUGGAAGACCUUCAGGGACAGCAGGAAGAUGAUGCGGUCUUGCGUCAUCUUCAGGAUGCGGCGCUACAUGCUGGACAAGGGCACCGUUAUGGCGGAGGACAUCACGAUCGGGCUCUUGCGCAGCAGGGAGUAUGCGAACUAGACGAUCAUGGAAGAGGACAUGGUGACGAUCACGGUAGAGCACGACGUGAUGAACUGGAGACCUCCGUCGUCUCCCCGACAGCGGCAGCAGUGAAGGAUAAGGACAACCUUCCUGCUGGCGAAGCUAGAGGAGUUACUGCUGUGGCCGGGAAUGCUUCCUGGUUGGUGGCUGCCGCGGGGAAGUUGAGCUCUUGCAAAGCUUUGCCAUGUGAGAUGAGAGGACCAAGACUUAUGCAACAGCUGCAAGAAAGGGCCGGCAAGAUAGUGCAGCGCUUGUCGGUGGAAGAGGCUUCAGCUUCGGAUGGCCUUGAAACUAUCAAGGCGACCAUGGAACGGUCGCCUGUCAUUAAGCUCCUGGAUCAGAAGAACGUGGACCAACGCCGACAGAAGUUUAUGAGAUUGUCCAAAUUGCCGAGUGAGUCGGUGGUGGGAUCGAAAUUCUACGUGGGCCACUUGCUGGAUGCGGCGAAGUUGACCAAGAGGGACCUCGCCCUCAUCAAGGCGGCAGAUGGUGGAAAGCUUGACGAUGAGGAUGCGGCGACGAAUGCAUUUCUCGACCUUGCCGAGCAACUGGAGGGACAACCGGGUUGUCCCGGUGGACGAGGUGAGCCGACAUUGGACCGGGAGGACAAGUGCCCGGUUCAAAAGCAUGGUGGAAUGGGUGGCUCUCCCCAACAUCUUGGAGGCGAGUGCUGCUGGUGGUGUCUCUGUGGACUCUGCCGCCAAAGGGGGGAUCAGCGGCGUCCACUCCAUCUAUGCCUGAUGUCUCUAAUGGCUGAGAUCUAUGAGCAGGGGUGCAAGGCCCGCAAUCGAGUUAGAGAAAUCAAGAAGAUGAGACAAUAUUUCCAACGUGAAGGUCAUGUUCAAGGACAGCCGUUGGGGCAAGCAGCUGUGCGGGACAGAGAGCAUGUGAAGAAGUGGGUCAAGGAGCAACAGAAGACGGAGCCAUGUUUCAUCUGCCGACAACUUGGACAUUGGUCACAGGAAUGUCCAUAUCGCAAGCGAGCUCCAGUACAUGCCACAAAUGUGACCUUCAAGCAAGACGUGACCAAUGAAUCGGAUUGGUCUUGCCUCCAGAGCUGUGCUCAGCCCGAUGCGUGCUACAAAGGGCGCUUGAAGAAUCUCAAGUUGUACCCCAACCUGUACUUACACGUGUGUUGGGAUGGUUUGAGCGGUGAAACCGCCGCCAUUAUGUUUCGUCAAGAUCUUUGGUGUUCACGGGUCAUGGAUUCCCAUCUCCUGGUCACUGCUGGUUCGGUAGCAGCUGGGUGGACGCUUCGUGGGCCAUUGGUGCAGCCGACUCCACCAUUGCCAACACCGUGUGCUUGCACUCGUCAGUGCAUCUCGGCUGAGCAUCCAUGGGUGUUUCGGCUUCUGGGCUGGCUGGGCAGUCAGGUUUCAGGUGAACGGGCUCUGGUUCCAGUUGGCAACGAUUUUGUUUUCGCCAAGAAGGUCAGUGCGGACGAGGUUGGGUCCUACAAGCUCGAGGUGACAGGUCUGUUUACGAGCGCGAAGACGUAUGCGUCGCACACCAGAGCCACUGGGUCCAUGGUGACCAUAGAUCAGAUAAAGGUUCCUGCUCUUCAAAGUGCCGAGCUCCUGAUCAGACGGAUGAUGGUUAUCCGGGAAGCUCACAAAGUAUCCCCUUCUGCGCCCGACUAUUCUUCUGCUGAUAUCAUGAUGGGUUGGCAGUACAGGCGUAGUGCUCAGGGUGUUGUCACGGCGAUGGCCUCCUACGUGGCAAUUGAGUUGAAGAAUGAGGCCGCCAUCCUCAAGGAUGUGCUUGUUUUCUCCACACAGGCCAACACGUGUCCGAAGCAGGGCACAGGUUUUGAGGCGGAUCGUCGUGAUCUUUUUCCUCUUCCUUUGCUGGGUUUCCGUGAUGGUACUCCUGGUUGUAGCUCUUCCCAAAGAAGACGAAAGGUCAAGGUGAAUCAGACUGUUGACAAGGUGAACAAUAUCAUCCAAUCCCUCAAUGAGAUGUAUGGGCGUGAUGUCGCCAAGGUAUCAGCUGCUUUGCCUCCAUUGGCUGUUCAGGAGAAAGCCCAGCAUGAGCUUUUCAAACAAGUUCGCCAUGGUUGUGAACGUAUUCCUUUGUAUAGUCAGCGUGAAGCUAUGAAAGAGCUUCUGCAUUCCACUCCCUCAUAUUCUAAAGAGGUUGAGACUACAGUCAGGCCCUUCAGCAAAGACCUCGUUUCCCUGCCGGUUGUAGGAGCUACUCCACCUCAGCUCGAUGACCUGCUGGAUCCAUUUGGUCGUGAGCUUCUGAAGGACCCCAUAUCUACUAUGAUGCUUUCACCACAGGGAUGGGGAGAGAUGGUUGAGCGUGGUGUUAGGAUCAAGCCUUUUAUGGACAUUGUCUUGCAACGUGAUGAGAUCAAGUAUACCAGGAUUUUUGUGUUGAGUUUGUACAAGCGUGGCGUGAUUCAAUUCACUCAUCGUCCGAAGGAUCGCAUCACACCUUUCUUUGUGACGAAAAAGUCUGGGGCCCUCAGGCUUUUGGCGGAGCGGGGAGUUUCUCCACAACAUGGAAGCGAUUUUGACGACGAAGGUUUGGGCCCAAACCGAGAAGUUGCUGAAGGAGUUGCUUGCCCGAGCCUCGAAACUGGUGAACCGGUCGUGAUUGCCUAUGCAGACAAUCUCAACAUUGCUGGGAUCUGCCGACAAAGGGUUCAACAAGCGAAAGAUGUUGGAAAGGUCAUUGCUAUGCUGCGAUGUUUGGCCAGUGGGCCCAGAGUUUCAGGGAAGAUGGUGGAGAAGUUGAUUGGGCAUUGUGUUCAUUUUAUGUUGGCAAGCAUCCGACACCAGUUGGAUGGCAAGAAUGCGCAAGACCGUGCCAGCAAGGGACAGAAGUUUCUGAGCACCUUUCAGUCCCUGCCGCGUUUCCCAGGACAGACAUUUCUGGAACAGGUGGCAGUGAGUCGAGAAGUGGGACAGGACUAUGUGAACCGGACCUCAGCUUUCUUCCAGUUGGCAGCCACACAGCUGUUGCCGCUGAGUCCUAUAGCCAAGUUAGACAGGAGCUUCAGCGCUUAUCAGACGGCAUGGAUGUGUCAGAAGGCUUCAAAGCGUUUGCGGCCCUGUGGACCCAGCAAAGACACGACCCCCAAGGCCUUUUGCUCUGGUGGCGUUGAUAGUGGUAAAGCUGUUGCCGAAUCAGCAUUGGCAACACUUCUCAGCUUCACUGCAUACCUGAGACCUUCAGAAGUGUUAGGCACAGCGGUCCUUCUCACGACCGACUUCAAGAUGAGGGGGCGCUGGCUGGCGGACUCUUCAGUGCGUCGGUACGAGUGCCACGCCAGACUUCACCAGCAGUUUCAACAGUUGCCUCCGCUGGUGCAGCAACAAGGACGCUAUUUACUUGACAUGGAGCAGCCUUCUCAACAAGUUCCUUUCAAUUUUCACAUGAAGCCGCAUGCAGAAGGUCAGCCUCUUACAGUUUUGGGUUCAAGGCAAGGCGUGCCUCGACCCGCAUCCUCGACUUCCAGCCCCCGUGACAGCUCGUACCCCGUUGGUGCUCGUGAUGACCGACCGUGCGGUGUGGGAGGCUUUGACAUCGAGAACGAUUUCACCGAGGAGAUGAGCGACGAAGAGCCGGACACUUCUCCGGUCCUGGUGGUGAGGCCAGGCACGGAGGGAUCGAGUGCCAGGACGAACCGAAUGCCGAUACGGCGUCCGAAGAGAGCAACAUCCUUCGCCAAGAAGAAGUCCAGCCUGUCACCAACGAGACCUUCCAGAACCAACGUGGAGAUGCAGAACGCGGUGGCGAUGAUGCAAGAGCAGAUGGAACAGAUGCAGCGCCAGAUGAUGCAGAUGAUAUCGGCCCCUCCGAUGACUCUGCAGGCGUCCGCGCAGCCAUCGAAGUCACAGAAGGAGCCCAGGUCAUCGACGGCGGCCUCUUCGAGCGGUGCUGCAUGCUGCUGCUGCGGGUUCGGAUCAUUCAAACUCCAGAAAGAUGGCUUUGAACUGGAUGCAGACACGCAGCAUUCGACAAGGAGUAUACAAAGAGCUCGGGGGGUACAUCAACGGAUGUGCAAUGUAGCGCAGGCGAAACCCGGACCUUGGACGUUGAUAGGGAUCUUCGCAGGUCGCGCGGCUUUGUCAGAUCUGGUUCGUCGCGUGGGGAAAUGGAAUGAGCCACCUCCGCACGAUGUGCUUUAUGGUCUGGACCUAAGGAAGGUGGAGCGCCAGGACUUGCUGAAGGACGUCAUCAAGAAGCGCCACCCUGAUGUGGUGACGUUGGCAGUGCCGCGUGGUCCAUGGAGUUCUUGGCAGCGCGAGGAAAAGGAAGGCGGCUUGGUCUUGUUGGAACAACCUAGCCGGUCUGAUGCCGUGAAGCAGCCAAUGAUGUGCCGCCGGGAGAAAGUCUACCAGAAGGAGAUCUUGCAGAUCUUGCAGACCGAGCAGGCGGUGCUGGUGGAGCAACUGGCGGCGCAGGUGGCGGCUGUGGAGUGCGUGUUGUUGGAUCCUUACCGAACUACUGCACGUCUGUGUCCCCACGGAGAUCUGGCGGAUGUUGACGCCGCAGAGGCGGCAGGAUCGGUGUCGGAUUCUCCUGCAGAUUCGACCGCAGCUACGUUGGAAUCCUCCAUUGACGUCAACUUGGCGCUACAUGCUCAAGUACUUGACAGCCGGAUGUGGGAGGCUGUUCCAGUGGAGGUGGAGGCCGAGUUGCUGAACAUUGUGUUGCGUUUGGAGCGCCAAAUUUGCAAACAGGUGGCACCUCCACAGGCCGCUCCCAUAGCGGCCUUUCAUCGACCCAUUUCAAUCAACGACCGGGUGGUGGCCGACCCCUUCUUUGUUUGGGAUGAGUCGGGUGAGAAGUUUGUUGUGGCUCACCUGUUGGAUGCCUUCGCCCUCUACCAGAUCGCGGUGGCAAGAAUCCCGAUGCGGAGGACCACGGAAGCCUUGAAGAAAACACCUGGAUCCAGAGCGAGACUUCCUCGAUUAGAGCUGCUGGCGGAGGGUGCCCAGGAAGUCUUGAAGAAGCCUCGCCAGACUAAGGGGAAGAAACCACAAAAGGCGACGGUUGAUCCAGAGCAUAGGAAUUCAGUGAUGAAGAAGAUCCUAGAAAAGUUCCAUCUCGAUGGAUCACAGCUGAGGAGUGCAGCUUCGCCCUUGGACGAUGUGCCGCUCUUCAGGCGAAGAAGGGGCAGUCUGGACCUGCUUCUUCAAGCCGGAAGCGCGCGGCUGAUGAUGAUCCGGCGCUUCGACCGUUCCAAGAACGGAGAACUAUUCGUCAAUGUGGAGCGCUUCGACAACCAGGCGGACUUCUCAGACUCAGAUGCAAGUUUGAUGUCAGCGCUGGCCAAUUCGUUGGGCAAUGGUGUCCUGCAGCAUCUGCAGCGCCGCUCCAUUGAAGAUCUGCAGGUGGUCUACUACCUCUUCAACCCCAACAGGCCUCAACGUGCGCCGAUAGGUCUGUCCGCCGAGCUCAUGGAUCCUAUACUGGUUCAAGGAGUCGUUUUCACGAGUUCAUCGUGGACAGUGCGCUGGUCGGGCAGGAACACACAACAGCAUUUGGGUGGACCAUGGCAUAGAGUCGUCCGCUUUGAGCUUCAAGAUCCUUACGAGUUUGAAUCUCAUGUGGUCAAGCGGUUGGAAGCUCGACGCUUUGUGGAAGAUGCAUGGCUUUCAGGCCAGUGGUUGGUUCAGUCCUUUUGGGAGCUUCAAGAUGCCGCUGGCUGGCCGAAUGACAUUGCGGUGACUCAAUACUUGGGUCCACCCGAAAUGGAAGAAGUUCAACAUGUGCUUUUCGAGAAGUGGGUGAAGCUCGUGAUGCGCAUCACCGAAUUCACCCACUUGCCUGAGGAGAUUGUCUCCAAGCCGGAGACGGGAAAGGCUUCCGAGACUUUGCCUUCUCGUUUUGUCUUGGUGAACAAGACCGAUCCCCGCAAUGUCCAUCCAACUGAUGCCGACGCUCCGCAACGCCAAGCUCAAAGCUCGCUUGGUCAUUGCCGGUCACAAGGACCAAAAGGUGCCAGGACCGAUCUCUUUCGGAUGAAGAAGGAUGUGCGCCUCAUUGCUGCCCCGGAGUGCCAGGAAAUGAUCCGGGCCAGGUUGGGCUCUUUGUUCAAUUUCGUUGAAUGGCAACAUCCAAAGGAUUGGGCCAAAUUCUGUGGAAGGUAUGAGCGGCAAAUGCCUGACAGCCCAGUGUUGGUGCAACAGGACGCCUAUGCAGAGGCCCUAACCAGACCCAAUCAGAAGGAAUGGGCCAGACAAUGUCGUGCUGACUUGACGUUCGGGGUGUGGAGAGUAGCUCUGUGCUGGUGGAACCCGGUUACAGUGAAGUUCGCCUCCAUCGGAUGCGACUCGGACGACAUGGUGGUGAUUGGCGUUUCAGAUGCAUCAUUUGCUGGGAUGCCUCGUGGACGAUCUCCAGGUGGUAUGGUGUUGGCCUUCGCAAAUCCAGGUGUGUUGGAAGGCCCUGACAGGUUGACCGUCAUCACCUACCAUCAAGCGAGUGGUCAGGCAGCACACUACAUCAGAGCGUUCUUGGUGGAGAUGAUAUAUGCCGACUUCACCGUGAAGGCAUGGAUGACUAUGGUGGCCCGAUGGAAGGCCAUCUUGGCCCGGACGGGAUUUGAUCUACUGAAUGGCGCGGCGCUUGGAGAAGACAAGCGCCUUGCGAUUGACAUCGCAGCCAUGCGCCAGGCUCUUGAGGAGGAUGGGGCCCUAGAUUGGUCAGAUGGGCGCCCGGUGAUGGCGGAGGGGAUUUGGGCGCCGAAGGAUUCAGCUGUAGCCAAGAAGCUUAGCGCCGAUGCUGCUGCCCGGAAAAAGUCGUACCG